UUUUAAUUUGACAUUGACAGUUCAUCUCGAAAUCAAAUGCCAAUGGCGUCAAACCUUUAAUUUGGAAGCGAACGAGAAAUAAAUAGAUUUGCUGAUACUAAUAAGUGGAAUUUGCAAUUAUUGACGAUCUCCAAUAAUUAGCUUAACGCAUCGAAGUGACGUGGUAAAAUAUUUAGUUAUGAUAUUAGCUGAAACUCUUCUGUUUUCAUUAACACUGAUCGACAGCGGUGGCAUAUUAUUUCUUCUAGUUUACUACAUAAUUACUCUCUCUGACUUGGAAUGUGAUUAUUUGAAUGCUCAAGAAUGUUGUGAAAAGCUUAACUAUUGGAUGCUACCAAAGUAUAUUGCGCACAGUUUCAUAACGGUCUUACUAUUAUUACAUGGUCAGUUGCUCUUAUUCGUUUUCAACUUGCCUUUGUUUAUUUGGCUAACAUUCGAAUAUUUUACCGUUCCACGGGGGAAUUUAGGCGCAUACGAUCCUGCGGAGAUACUGAAUCGAGGGCAGCUCAGAAAGCACUUGAAGGAUGUAAUGAUUAAUGUUGGUUUUUAUUUAGUAUCUUUUUUCAUUUACUUGUACUGCUUUAUAUUAGCGUUGCUUAAAGGCGAUCCACUCCAGAGGUCAGCAGAUGACCAAAUUGUAACGGAAAUAUAAGAUAACUAAGUUAAAAAGCUAAGAUGGCUGAAGAACCAGUUAUUCCAAGUUCUUUUAAUGUUUCUGAUGAGUUUGAUCCAGUUGAUGAAACUGUAAGAUGUGAGAAGUUAGAUAUACCAAUUCAUUUGGCAGCUUUCCUAAGGAAUAAAGAGUUAAACAGAGACUUUCAACAGAUAAUUCAAGACCAAAGUUUGUUGGAAAAAGUUACAGCUAAUUAUGUAAUUGUUAAAAAAAUUCUUAGUUUCUUGCCAUGGCAGGACAAGUUAGUGUGUAAAAAUGUUUGCUCAAUGUGGAGGUCUGCUGUGAACACAUUACAAAAGGAACAGAUUGGCCCGGCAGACUUUGCCAUUAGCUUGAGACUGUGUCACAUUAAAACAGGAGUAAAGUUGGUGCAGUCAGAUGUUUUCUAUACUGAGCCGCUGGUUGCAAUAGUAUUUGGCAAUGUAGGAGGCUUUGGAGUUACAUACAAAUGUGAGACACUUCUAUCUUGCCCCUGUGAUCCACCAUGUGAAAAGAGUCAUUACCUUGUAGAUUUGGUGGACAAUUUAGUGGUGGCUCCGAAAAAAUGUAUGCUGGCAGUAAAAGCCUGUGACACAUCAUUUAUGCCCAUAAAAAAUUCAAAAACCCAUCACUUAACAGUUGGUAGAAAAUUAUGUAGAAUCAGUGGCUUUAUAGGAGGAAUUUACAUACCAGUCAUACCAAAUGUUAACUUCCAAAUCAUCAACAUCAAGAGUGUUCGUGAUAUCAAAAGAGUCUUCAUGAAAACCAUAGAUAAACUGGCAGAGACUCACUACAUUAAGGGUGCACUGGUCUUUGUCAAUGGCAGUUUCAUUCUGCAUUCAGUGGAUGACAUAGUAUUUUUAAAUUAUUUGAAAGAGGUCCAACCAAAUGUACCAUAUGCCUUAGGAGGAUGCAUAGUGGAAGACACAGUAUCUGACAGGGAUGAUAUGAACAUAAUGAUUGAAGGAGUUAACACUGGCAAAGACCUAGUGACCGAGAAUAUUGUAUCUAUUGGCUUGUUUUCAGUACCCAAAAGCUUCAUUGAUGCUCCAACAGAAAAUGGCUGUAAUUUUGAUAUGUUCUCACUGAUAUUAGAAUCUUCAGACUGGUCUAAAGCUAAGAUACAGAGUGCUAUUAACGAGUUUGCGAAAAAAGUCCCUCACUUUGAACGUAGCGUGGUAAUAAAGAUGUCAUGUGUGGGCCGUGACAAUAAGCAUGAUUAUGAGCAAGAAUUCUUCCGAGCAGCAUUCCCGAAUACACGUCUUGCUGGUUGUUAUGGAAACGGCGAAUUAGGUAUCAAUCACCCAGAGCGCUUAAAACCUGAGGGUUUCACUAGUGUAAAACGUCACCGAGCAGAUCCUGGCCCUGCAUUUGGUAUUAUGUAUUCUUAUUCUACAAUAUUUGUUUAUAUUGGUUGGGGUAACAUAGUGACACCUGCUCAGUCUACUUAAAACCUUAAUUUAACUAUGCAUUUAAUUGCACUAACAUUCAAGAUACUCCCAUUAAGUCUUUAUAUAAUUUAUAUAAAGUUUUCAUCAUUAGGUGUACUUUUAUACAAUCAUCACUGUGUUUUAUACUUUUUGAUAUGGAUCUUUUGAGAGCUUAUAAUAUUGGUAUAUCUGUAAUGUUUUCUCUACCAAAGUGUAAAAGAAUUUAUAGAAUAAGAUAUAGUGUAGAUUAAAAAUGUUAAAUUGUCAAGAGCCAGUUGCAUUAAACAUUAUUGUAGAACCAGCUAUGUAAUAAAGACAGCAUUUUUUAAGUUCAUUUAGAUUAUAGAUAGAUUAUGUUGUUUUUGCACUGUCAACUGGUGCAGUGGAAGAUAUUUUAUCAGCUUAUGAUCUGAGCAGUUACAUCAAGAAUGGGAAGAAUGGAUGUAUUAUACAAAAAUAGUAGAUACGAAAAAUAUAGAAAUUAUCAAUAAUGAAAAUGUUACUAACACAUAUUUGAAAGUCACAAUUUUUUAUACUAGAAAAUAAAGUGAAAAUCCCAUAACAAUUUUGCACUGUUUUUAAACAAAGAUAUGAGUAAGUAAUAAGU